UGUCUAGACGUAUGGCUACGUGAUGAAUAAAUUUGGUGUAGCUGUCAAUUAUCUUUAAUUUGUAAAUGUAAAACGCCGAAGUCAAACAGAAGGAAAAUUUUUGUGUUUGUGUCUGGCGUUUGCAUUUGUAGAAAGAAACUUAAGAAUGUUUUAUAUUUAAGUUAACUACUAACAUGUUUGUAUUAACAAAUACAAAAGGGUGUUAUUGAGAUGCACAACUACUUGACGAGUGUGUACGACGUUGGAGAUGCUCGAAGUACUCUUCUCACCAUGAUCCAAACGUUACACCACGCCAAAAAUGGCGUUGACAUGUUUUCUGGAACUAAGGUACGAACACACUUUGGGAGACCGAAGUGGAAGAAGGUUUUAUCAAAGAUUAGCACCAAACAUAAGAAUGCAAGAAUCGGAGUGUUCUAUUGUGGAGGACCGAGUUUAGGGAAGGAACUCUCCACAUUGUGCCAUGAAUUUAAUCAAACGGGCUGUUCCAGGUUCGAGUUCCGCAAAGAACAGUUUUAAGGGUAAAAAUGAUAUGGCUCCUCUACAAUGUGGCUUUUGAAUCAAUCGAAUCAAGUAUAUUGGUAUACAUGUAAAAUUAAUGUUCAUGAUUUUCUUCGCUUCAUUCAUACAACUUUCUUGUUCUUGUUUUUUUUGGUACAUUUAACUUUUAGCCAAUUCAUCAAGAAUAAGAUUGUAAAACAUGGGUGAAAAGAGUACAUUAAGUUAAGGUCUAGAAGCUUAGAGCACA